AUGGCGCCGACGCAAUUCCCUCUGGAGGGCAGCGGCCCCCCCCAGGCAUCCGAGAAGGGUUUCCCCCCAGAACCCCCUAUCCCUAUCGCGCACUGCCCCUGUUCAAAGGGGAUCUGCAUUCUUUCUUUUGGGGGCGGGCGCCGUAAGGCGGAUGCGCGACCCACUCGCAAAAUGCUUGCGGGGUGGUGGCGGCUUCUGCGGCAGGGUGCGGUGCGUUUUCUUAAGUUGCGCUGCCGAUCCUUCCUUUCGGAGCUGGGGCGAGGGCAACGAAAACAUGAAAAGAAGCGUGGCGGGCGCGAGGUAAUCGGUGGCUGCGCGGGCGGAAAGAAAAACACACACCGGCGUGCCCGGAGAACUGUCGGCGAAGUUGGUUUAGCACGGGGGUGGCGCGCGCAUCGGCCCUUCCUUUCUCCCUGCUUCACGCCGGCCUCGGCCCCUGAAUCUCAGCGAGAUGCCGCGCCCAAACCGCAAGCGGACUGA